AUGGCUGACAACGAUGCUCCAGCUGGAAACGUUCCCUCUGACAAGAGUAAUGCAUCAUCGGAGAAUGCAAUUGAAAUAUCAAUUGAUGCAUUGGCAAGUGAUGUUCAAGAAUCCUUGUCCCUUACAAAGAGGCAAAAAUUCUGGGAGACCCAACCGGUCGGCCAGUUCAAGGAUCUUGGAGAUACGAGCCUGCCUGAAGGCCCGAUUCAACAACCAACGCCACUGUCUGAAGUCAAGCAAGAGCCGUAUAAUCUCCCAUCUGCCUAUGAAUUGGUCACGUGCGAUCUGGAUUCUGAGAAGGUGUGUAGUGAGGUUUAUGCUUUAUUGACUAAUCACUAUGUUGAGGAUGAUAGUCGUAUGUUUCGAUUGAAGUACUCCAAAGAGUUUCUUAGAUGGGCACUCUGUCCUCCUGGUUAUUUCCGGAGCUGGCACGUUGGGUUAAGGGCUAAGACUUCAAAGGAACUGGUUGCCUUCAUUAGCGGGAUCCCUGCUAAAAUUCGUAUCCAUGAUGCUGUAGUGCAGCUUGCAGAGAUCAAUUUUCUGUGUGUUCACAAGAAGCUCCGAUCAAGAAGACUUGCUCCGGUCAUGAUUAAGGAGGUUAGUCGCAGAGCUCGUAUGGAGAAUAUUUGGCAGGCGGCGUAUACUUCUAGUGUUGUUUUGCCUACACCGAUAACAACUUGUCAGUACUGGCACAGGCCAUUGAAUCUGAAUAAGCUUAUUGAUGUUGGGUUUUUUAGGCUCGGUGCAAGGAUGGCAUUCAGCCGAGCUAUCAAGUUGUACAAGCUACCAGAGCAAACUACAACUCCCGGCUUCAGAAAGAUGGAGCCCCACGAUGUUCCUGCAGUUACUCGUUUGCUUAGGAAUUACUUGAAGCAGUUUGUUUUAGCUCCAGAUUUUGAUGAGGAUGGUGUCGAGCACUGGCUGCUUCCCAAGGAAGAUAUCAUGGAUGCUUAUGUGGUCGAAAGUCCUGAAAGUCGCGAAAUCACUGAUUUCUGCAGUUUUUACACUUUUACCUGGUCUAUAUUAGGUAGUCAGGAUCAUUCCGUGCUGAAGGUGGCGUAUUCGUAUUACAACGUAUCCACCAAGACUCCCUUAGUUCAACUGAUGAGUGAUGCUCUCGUUGUUGCCAAGAAGAAGGAUUUGGACGUUUUCAAAGCGUUGGACAUUAUGCUCAACGAGACUUUCUUCAGUGAGCUCAGGUUUAGCCGGGCGGAUGGGAAACUUAACUACUAUCUCUUCAACUAUCGGCUAAAGCACGUGCUAAGAUCAUCGGAGAUUGGCCUUAUGCGAUUCAACGGUCAUAUGGGCCUUUCGCGUGAGUACCUUGUACGCCCCAAUCGGAACUCGGAUGAAGAAGUUAUAGCCAUUUGA